CUUUCUGAAUUUCCUGACUUCAAAAGUCAGUCUGACAUUGCUCUCUCGGUCUCAGCAGGGGAGCGGGGAAUAUCUCAAGCCAGCUACACAAAGGGAAAACAGGGCGCCCCGUUACUCACCAGGACAGGUCAGUUUGUAAAUUCCCAACAACGACUCCUGAAGAUAACCAUGGGUAGUUUCGCUUUUGAAUGCACCCUGAAUGAGGAUAUAAGGAAAACACGAGAUUGUCAGAAACAGGAGGUUGAACAUGGGUGAAGUCUUAAUAUGAAUCCGUCAUUGUUCCUGUGCUGUGUGCUGCUCUGUUUAGCCUGCUGUGUUAUGGUACACACACACAUGAUUAUAGAGGAACAAAACAGCUCCAACCAAACAACUAUCAGCUUACAAGCAAAUAGCCAAACAGAUGCACCUUCUGUGCUCAUAGUCGGGCUUGCAAAAACUCCUAAGAAGAACAAGAAAGCGGAAAAGAAACCAAAAAAGAAAUUCAACCACCGUGUGAAGAGACCUCCGCCGCCGCCGAACUGCGUCCCGCUCUGGAGCAGCUGCAAGACGCCGAGCGCGGUGUGCUGCGAGCAGUGCGCCUUCUGCCACUGCCGCCUGUUCAAGACCGUCUGCUACUGUCGCAUGGGCUACCCGAACUGCUGAACACCCCGUGGAGGAUGCUGGGACCGUCCCGAGUCGAACGGCUUGUUUGUAAAACCCUGUGGGAUUAUGAGUGAGCUCCAUCAUAUAAUCGGAGGCUUCCUGGCCAGACAGUUUGUCAGAAGCGCUCGGGACCUUGAUGAUUACCAGAGUACUUUAAACCAGUUUUUUAUGAAUUAUAAAUUUAUAUUUUAAAAUGUUUAUACUAAUGAAAAUAAUUUUAACUUUACGUUGUAAGCACUUUAUGGGGGGAAAUGUUAAAGCUUCCGGCUCUUACCUGUAACCUGUUUGAGCUGCUACAGACAAGAAGAGGAAUCGGCCAAAAAGAAUCACAAAAACACCAAAAUCACCAUGACAACCAAUGGCUGACGGUGUUUACAAUAAAACCGCCAAGAAUCUCAACAACAAAUAAAACAAAAAAUAAUAUGUAGGCUACUUAAACAAAACGACAGGAUCCAAGAUUCUUAUUUAAGAAGAAUACUUUAUAGAAAGCAAAAAAAAAAAAAAAAGUUUAUUUCUGUAUAAUUUGGUGAAGACUUUGGUUGUAAUAGUAACAGUUGAAAGACGAACUAAAUUAAGUAUGUUAUUGGGACGAUAAAAAAAGUACGUUUCUGUACAUUAAUGUACAGAAAAUUGUACAUACAAUGUCUAUCAUUAUUAUUGAUUCAAGCAUGAAUGGAUCAAGACCAAUUUCCAACUUACUCAUUGGAGAAACGCUGCAGAAUGGCGCGCUUUUAAUUGUACAAAUAAUCAAAUAUCAUUAACAUAAAAUAAUAAAGAAUUAUACGUAUAAUUUGUCUGCUGAUUUCUGAUUUAUGAAGAUGCUCUUACUAGCUUUUUCUGACCACUUGCAAAAAUCAUGUUUGCCCACAACUACAAUCUUUUUAGUUUGGAGGACAGAAACCCCCCAAAAUAUUAUAUUUGAAACCAACAUAAUGAAACAUUAUUGUUUAUUUUCCUAUAGCCUACUGAAAUAAAUGUUAUAGAAGUAAGGUCUCUCUCUGUGUGUGUGUGUGUGUGUGUGUGUGUGUGUGUGUGUGUGUGUGUGUGUGUGUGUGUGAGUGUGUAGCCUACAAGUUUUUCUAUCCGGGUGGGGACUUAAACCCAACUUGUGGGGUUAGAAAGUUCCCACAAGGAGAGUAAACCAGAGGUGUAUGUGUAUGUAUGUAUGUGUAUAUGUAUGUGUGUGUGUGUG